AUGAAGGACAAAAAAGCAUGUGGAUGUCUAUAUCUCGAAGAGGGUGAAAUUACAAAUGAUUUUCUUUUGAAGAUUGAUGGAACACACUACAAAUUUAUUAGGGACAUCUACGGAGACAAUUUCAUCAUAACAAGUCUUAAAAAAUUCUUCCAGAAGAAUCCAGUAAAUGAAGAAGUUUUCAGACUUCAAGAUGAUUGCAGGAACAUUCUCAGAACAGCCAAUGAAAAUGCCUUAAGGUUCAUGCUUGAUCAGUUGAUGCAAGGCAAAGAGGUUGAUAUUAACCAAAUCUUUUAA